AUGAAAUUCUUUAUCGAUGAUCUUCCGGUUCUGUUUCCGUAUCCACGGAUCUAUCCAGAGCAAUAUGCGUACAUGUGCGAUCUGAAACGGACGCUGGAUGUUGGAGGAAAUUGUAUUCUUGAGAUGCCUUCAGGCACCGGCAAGACUAUCUCGCUGCUCUCUCUCACAAUCUCGUAUCAGAUGUUCUACCCCGAGCGACGGAAGAUCGUGUAUUGCUCACGAACAAUGUCGGAGAUCGAAAAGGCACUGACAGAGUUGCGCAGUCUGAUGGCGUACCGUGAGAAAGAACUAGGUCGCAAAGAACCCUUUCGCGGCUUAGGCCUGACCAGUCGAAAGAACCUAUGUCUGCACCCUGAUGUCCGACGAGAGAGGAAAGGAGCGGUAGUCGACGAGAAAUGCCGAAGUCUGACGUCGUCGUUUGUGAUGGAGCAGAAAAAAGCGGGCAAAAAUCCAAAGCUGUGCGAGUAUCACGAGAAUCUAUACGAGCUGGAGCCUCAUAAUUUGAUCCCUGAGGGUGUCUGGACUUUUGAUUCGCUGAUGCAGUACUGUGAAGAGACCAAGCAGUGUCCGUAUUUUACAGUCCGGCGAAUGAUGAGUUUCUGCAAUAUCGUGAUUUACUCUUUCCAUUAUCUGCUCGAUCCGAAGAUUGCGGAGCGCGUCUCCAAGGAGCUCUCAAAAGACAGUAUCAUUAUCUUUGACGAGGCGCACAACAUAGACAACGUCUGCAUCGAAUCGCUGAGUAUAGACCUAACGGAAGGCACGUUACAAAAGGCAUUGCGCGGCGUGAACGAGCUCGGGAAACAGAUCGACGAGAUGAAGGCGUCAGACUCUGAAAAGCUACAGGACGAAUAUCAACGGCUGGUUGACGGACUGCGAGAAGCAGACGAGGCUAGAGAAGAGGAUAUAUUCAUGGCGAACCCGGUUCUGCCAGAUGAUCUACUGAAGGAGGCUGUUCCGGGAAACAUCCGGCGCGCAGAGCAUUUUGUCGCGUUCCUGAAGCGGUUUGUGGAGUACCUAAAGACGCGGAUGCAGGUGCGACAUGUGAUUUCAGAGACCCCGCCGUCGUUUCUGCAGCAUCUCAAAGAACUCACGUUUAUCGAGCGAAAGCCGCUUCGGUUUACGUCCGAGCGACUGACGUCGCUGAUCAGGACGCUUGAGCUCACGAAUGUGGAGCAGUUUGUUGCGUUGAAGGAGAUUGCCAUGUUUGCAACACUAGUAUCGACGUACGAGCAAGGGUUCAUGCUGAUUUUGGAGCCGUUCGAAUCAGAUACUGCGACAGUUCCUAACCCGAUCUUGCACUUUACCUGCCUUGAUGCGUCGAUUGCGAUCAAGCCCGUGUUUGAACGAUUCAGCUCAGUAAUUAUCACCAGCGGUACGAUCUCGCCGCUGGAUAUGUAUCCCAAGAUGCUCAACUUUGAGACGGUCUUGCAGGAGUCAUACACGAUGACUUUGACGCGCCGCACGUUCUUGCCGCUGAUCGUCACUCGAGGAUCAGACCAGGUCGCAAUCAGCUCACGCUUCGAGAUCCGAAACGAUCCAAGCGUCGUGCGGAAUUACGGGAACCUGUUUAUCGAGUUUUCAAAGCUGACGCCGGACGGCCUGGUCAUCUUCUUCCCGUCUUAUCUCUAUAUGGAGAGUAUAAUCAGCAUGUGGCAGACGAUGGGCAUCCUGGACGAGGUGUGGAAGUACAAGCUGAUUUUGGUGGAGACGCCAGAUAGUCAGGAAACAAGUCUUGCGCUGGAAGCGUUCCGGACCGCGUGCAGUAACGGGCGGGGUGCAGCGUUACUCUGCGUCGCGCGAGGGAAAGUCUCUGAGGGAAUCGAUUUCGAUCAUCACUACGGACGCACUGUGCUGAUGAUUGGCGUGCCGUUCCAGUACACCGAGUCUAGGAUUCUGAAGGCGCGGCUGGAGUUUAUGAGGGAGAACUAUCAUAUUCGGGAAAACGACUUUCUGUCCUUUGACGCGAUGCGACACGGCGCGCAGUGUCUCGGACGCGUUUUGCGGGGUAAAGAUGACUAUGGAAUCAUGGUGUUGGCGGACAAGCGGUUCUCGCGGAAACGCAACCAGCUGCCGAAAUGGAUCAACCAGGCAAUCAUGGACUCGGACGUGAAUCUGUCGACCGACAUGGCAGUUGCGGCGGCGAAGAGUUUUCUGCGGACGAUGGCGCAGCCGAUGGAUGCGAAGGAUCAGGAGGGAGUGAGUGUGUGGAGUUUGAGCGAUUUGUUGAAGGUGCAGGAGGAGCAGCGGAUGGAGGCGAAGCAGAAGGCGGAGGAGGAGAAGAAGAUUAGGCCGGUGGAGGAGAAGAUGGAUGUUGAUGAGGAGGAUUAUUUCGACGAUGAGAAUGAUGAGUUUUAUGGGUUUACAAUCUCGGAUGACGAGAUGCUGCUGGAGCUUGAUAUUUGA